GUCAUUUCAUUCUACCAGUAGAAACAGACGGUCUUGGUCGGCCGCGAGUGCGCGUCUGAUAUAGAGAGAUCUUUUGCUGUCUGACCAGUCCGGUUUUCUCACCUCAUCAAUACAUAUACAUGUUUUUGUUUUUUUUUUCUGACAGCUGUCAUUAUUUGACACAAUAAAAUAACGCUGAUGAAAUUUUUGUUGUAAAUAAAAAAAAAAAAAAAUCGGACCAUUUUUGCAAUUGAAAAAAAAAAAACGUGAAAAACACCUUUCUCGUCUUUUUUCUGUUGUUCAAUUUAUUGGUGAUUGUUGCUACAAUAUUUUGUUUGAAAUAAAAUAGAAAAUAAAAUUUUUCUUUCAAAAACUGUCGCGUAAAUAUAGUUCUCCCAGAACGUUUUUACGGUCAGUGUUAAAUUACUGUGUUAAAUAAAAAUAAAGUAAAAUUUUAAACAACAAGGUGUUGGUUGUAUGAAUAUUGGACAACCAAGCGACGAACUGGAUAAUAAUAUUAACAAAUAAUUGAAUCUAAGUGUUUUCGAAAUUUUUGUUUUUUGUUUCACUUCGAAUUACAAAUCAAAUAUAUUGAUUCAAAAUGCGGACCAUGGAAAAAAUAAACGGAGAGAUUCGCAAUGAUAGUAAAACGACGGAUAAUUCUACCUCAGUAACGGCAGACAUUCUAAAUCCCUUUGUACAUCGACUUGAACUUGACACGACCUACGACAAGCUCAAGACGGCAUUCCUGACGGUUGCUCUGUUACCCUUUCGACUGGCGGCCAUUACGGCACUCGUUAUAAUGGCAUGGCUUCUCGCGUGCUUGGGGCUUCGCGGACUAACAGAAGAUGAUCUUCGAAGAGCUCCCCUCACCGGAUGGAGGCGAGAGCUACGUAUUGUGAUCUGCUGGAUUAUGAGAGCGUUGUUCGUCUGCGGAGGUUUUCAUCAUUUGAAGGUGAAAGGUCAGAGAGCACCUGCCAAGGAUGCUCCGGUAUUGGCUCUCGCCCCCCAUUCUAGCUUCUUCGACGCCCUAACCGUCGUCCAUCUUGGAGGACCGAGCGUCGUAGCCAAAGCGGAAACGAGCCGAAUACCAUUUUUCGGAAAACUCAUCAAUUUUACGCAACCCGUAUAUGUUUGGAGGGAGGAUCCUAAUUCCAGACAAAAUACUAUCAAAGAAAUUAUCGAACGAGCCACUUCCAAAGAAGAUUGGCCACAGGUCAUGAUAUUUCCCGAGGGAACCUGCACCAAUCGUUCGUGUCUGAUCACCUUUAAAUCCGGUGCUUUUUAUCCCGGUGUCCCCAUUCAACCAGUUUGCAUCAAGUAUCCGAAUAAAUUGGACACGGUUACUUGGACGUGGGAAGGACCCGGGGCAUUGAAAUUAUUGUGGUUAACUUUAACGCAAUUAAAUAGCAGCUGUGAAAUCGAGUUCCUACCAGUUUACAAACCUAGCGAAGCCGAAAAAUCUGACCCAAAAUUGUACGCGAACAACGUGAGGAGGUUGAUGGCCAGGGCAUUGCAGAUACCAGUUUCGGAUUACACGUACGACGAUUGCAGAAUAAUCAGCAAAGCGCAUCAGUUGAAUUUAAAACAUGUUUCUACUAUCAUUGAAGCUCAUAAGCUCCGCUAUAAACUUGGCUUGUUGCAAGCGAAUACGGAAGAAAAUUUGGUCAACGGAAGAUCUGAAAGGUUGAACGAGAUCGUCGACCUACAUAAAUUUUCACAGAUUCUUAGGUUGGAUGAAAAAGAUUCAGCGACGAAGCAGUUGUUCCACAUACAUGACUGGAAUCGGUGCGGUAAAGUUGAUCUAGAGGAAUACAUCUUUACAGUAUUAGUAAUAGCGAAAGCAAGUUCGGUCGAGGAGAUGAUCAGAUUGGCGUUUGAGCUGUGUGUUCCGACUGGUAGCGAUUCGGUCGAUGCCAAAGCCCUCCGUAGAAUUCUCUUCUUGUCUCUUCACCUACAGCCUGAAGAAUCGGAUAGGAUUUUCAGAGAUUCUUUGACGAUAGAAACGAACAAAGUUAAAUUAGACGACCUCAUAGAAGUUCUUGGCAAAAGAACCGAAUUUGCUCAUCUGUUCGCUACAAAUUCUGACGAAAGCCGAAAAAAAUCAAUUUGAGCAUAUACAAAAGUUUUAUCACCAUUGAAGAAAUGUAAUAACCAAAAUGAAGAAGUCGCUCAGCCCUUUUUUUUCAUCGAUCAUUAUCGAUUCUCUAAGGUCUAGUGAAUGGAACUAGAUAUACCAAUCAGUUCGGUUUACUUCGGAGUUGUGAAAAAAUACUAAAACGAAAAAUGUGAUUUAAUACAUUUUUUCGGCGUCAAGGGGCCAAGGGUAACGAAAAAUUUACAUUGCAUUAACAUCAGGUUGCAUCGGUUCUAAUCUAUGAUAUGAGAAGAGCGCGUUUUUUUUUCUAGCGUCGCAUGUAUUACAUGAAUAUUUUCAGAAAAGGUAGAUAUUUCAUCUGUAAAUAGUGUGCAAAAUAGUUACUGUUAUUAUUACGAAUUAAUAGAUGCAAUUAAUUUUUGCGUCCUAGUUGUAGUUAUAUAUUUUUUUUUUUGCUCUUCACAUAAAUGCAAUGAAUCACAAGGGUACCAGGAAUGAAGCCCAUCCAGUCCUAUCUGAAGGCAUCAUCCCUACUUUACAAUCUGAGGUAUAAUUACCUAUAGAUAAUAAAUUUAUAAAGACAAAAUGAAUAGGAAUGAAACAUGAUAUGAAUACUUACAUGUUAUUACUGUAGAUUUUUUGACUGCUAUAAUAUGCGAUAAUUAUACAUACAUACAUAUAUAUAUAUAUAUUUAUUUUAUAGAUAUUGUCGAUAAAAAAAAAGAAAUUUGAUUAAUAAAAUAUAGUAAUAUAUCACGUAGAUUUUUAUAAAAAUUAUAUGAUGUGUCCAGAAAAUAAGCCCUUCGACGAAAUAUUUUUUUUCUCAAUUUAUUUUGUGUACAUAGUAUAUGUAAAUAUAUUUAUCUUGGAUUGCAGGUACACGAAAGAAUGUCAAUUCGUCGUUAAAACUACAUAGGUAUAUGAUAUAAAGAAUUUGUCUACAAAUACAUUAUCUCUAAGAAAUAAUUUUCAUUUUAUUUUAUUUAUCCACACCUAUAAAAUGUACAUGGAUAUUUUAAUUGUUCACUAAUUGAUCAAAUAUACAUUUCACAUAUUGUAAAGGGAAGGUAAGAACACAAAAAAAAAAGAUAGUCAUCUUAAAUGAGUAUCUGACGAUCUACUUUUAGGGGUACGUCUUUCAAUGUUAUUCAAUAUAAUAAAGAAAAACCAUAAUUGGAUACGAAUAACAAUCUCUAUAAUGUGUAUUUGUAUAAUUGUUACGUUACAAUAAGAGAUUUAUGACAAAAUACCGCGAUUGCUUUCAGUCAGCUUGAUAUGAUGAAAGUGAAUUUAAUUAUUAAAUUAAUAAAUUCCCUUCAUAUAGUAUACAUAAUAUUUGAUAUUCUGAUAUAUAUUAAAUACAUGUAUAUAUAAUACGAA